GGGUUUAUUGGUCCGGACAACAGAUUUGGGGGCAGGCGUGGACUGAAGGAAGGUGAAACUACUUAAACGAUCUCACGAGAAAAUAUGAGAUUUUCCUGAUUAUUGUUUACAUUGCAAAAAAAAAAAAAAAAAAAAACAUGAGAUCCGAACCGAAAUGAUCCGGAUUCAGCUGAUACGCUUCCAAAGGCACCGCUUCCGAAAACAGAUGUCUUUUUGAUCCUUUUUGCAGCUCGGAAGGAAACUGGUGUCGAAGUUUGUUCUGGUCGAGCUGAAAAGCCAGGACCCCAAAUUCACCGCACCACUGGGGUAGAUAAAUAUAGGGGUGUAACUACACUAGCUCAAAGACAUUAUUUAUACCUGCUGAAAAGCGCAUAUUCUCCAGGGUCGCCAUUGUGUGGAGCGAUAUACACCAGAGCACAGUGCGGUAUGGCCCCCCGAGCGAGGCAUAUGAUGGGGAUCCCCGCCUAAGGAGCAGAGAAAAGCUGGUUUGGAAGACCCGGAGUUUUGCCGAGGCCUCCGAAGGGUAUCCUCCGUGGUCCGCCUGAAGCUGCGCAGCGGGCGUCCGCGUCCCGACCGUCAAGAGCCAGGCAACGCGAGGGACGCGGCUUUGGAUGCGGCCUAGCCUGGGAGGGUCUGCCGAGCACCGGUGAGACGAACGCAGACGGUUUCAGCGACAACGGCCCCCCACAAGAUAACCGAGGAGAUCUUGACUACAUCAUGAUGGAAGAACUGCACAGCCUGGACCCCCGGCGACAGGAGCUGCUGGAGGCUCGCUUUACUGGGGUUGGAGUGAGUAAGGGCUCGGGUCAGAGUCAGAACGAGUCGUCCAAUCAGAGCCUGUGCAGCUUGGGCUCACUUAGUGACAAAGAACUGGAGACACCAGAGAAAAAGGCGAACGAGCAGAGAGUCAGAAAACGCAAAGCGGACCACUUUGACGGCAGCCAAGGCAAAUCAGGAGCAAGGGGGCUUAAAAUUAGUGAUUACUUCGAGUUUGCGGGAGGUAGCGGUCCCGGUACCAGCCCUGCUAGGGGAAUUCCCCCAGUGGUCCGCUCUUCCCCUCAACACUCUCUGUCCAACCCUCCCGUCACGGUGCAGCAAGGAAGCCCUUCGUCCAUCAGCUCUGCAAACGCGGAGCUCUCCACGUGUGCGAUGAAGCCCGUCGUCCUGCACCUGCUCCACAAGGCCACACAGUCGGACCUUACUUUAGAGAAACUAACAGCCCUGGAGAACAGCAAGAACUCCGACCUGGAGAAGAAGGAGGGCCGAAUAGACGAUUUGCUGCGGACAAACUGUGAUCUCCGCAGACAAAUCGACGAGCAGCAGAGGAUGCUGGAGCGAUACAAGGAGCGCUUGAAUAAGUGUGUGACCAUGUCCAAGAAGCUGCUGAUCGAAAAAUCCAAACAGGAGAAAAUGGCUUGCCGGGAUAAAAGCAUGCAGGACAGACUUCGGCUGGGCCAUUUCACUACGGUGAGACACGGAGCGUCGUUCACCGAGCAGUGGACGGAUGGAUACGCGUUCCAAAACCUCAUCAAACAGCAAGAGAGGAUCAACUCCCAGCGGGAAGACAUCGAGAGGCAGAGAAAGCUGCUGGCCAAGCGCAAGCCGCCCUCCAUGGCCCAGGCGCCGCCGCCGAGCCUGGAGCAGAACAAGCGCAAAAGCAAGACCAACGGGGCCGAAAGCGAAACGUUAUCGCAGGCGGAGUACCACGAGCAGGAGGAGAUCUUUAAGCUGAGACUGGGCUAUCUGAAAAAGGAGGAAGCUGAGAUCCAGGCGGAGCUGGAGAGGUUGGAGCGAGUGAGAAACCUUCACAUACGUGAGCUGAAAAGGAUUCACAACGAAGAUAACUCUCAAUUCAAAGAUCACCCUACGCUAAAUGACAGAUACCUGCUACUCCAUUUGCUCGGGCGAGGAGGCUUCAGUGAAGUUUACAAGGCCUUUGAUUUAACGGAGCAAAGGUACGUUGCUGUAAAAAUCCACCAGUUAAACAAGAACUGGAGGGAUGAGAAGAAGGAAAAUUAUCACAAACACGCGUGCCGAGAAUAUAGAAUCCAUAAAGAGCUGGAUCACCCGCGGAUAGUUAAGCUCUAUGACUACUUUUCACUUGACACUGACUCGUUUUGCACAGUGCUGGAGUACUGUGAAGGCAACGACCUGGACUUUUACCUGAAGCAGCACAAGCUUAUGUCAGAGAAGGAGGGCCGCUCCAUCAUCAUGCAGAUCGUCAACGCCCUCAAGUACCUCAAUGAAAUCCGACCGCCCAUCAUCCACUACGAUCUAAAACCCGGUAAUAUCCUGCUCGUGAACGGCACAGCCUGUGGUGAGAUUAAGAUCACGGAUUUUGGCCUGUCCAAGAUAAUGGAUGACGACAGCUACAACUCGGUGGACGGGAUGGAGCUGACUUCACAGGGAGCGGGAACGUACUGGUACCUGCCCCCCGAGUGCUUUGUGGUCGGCAAGGAGCCCCCAAAAAUCUCCAACAAGGUCGACGUCUGGUCCGUGGGUGUCAUUUUUUACCAGUGCUUAUAUGGUCGCAAGCCUUUUGGUCACAACCAGUCUCAGCAGGACAUCCUGCAGGAGAACACAAUCCUGAAGGCCACAGAAGUUCAGUUCCCCCCUAAACCUGUAGUCUCGCCUGAAGCCAAGGCCUUUAUAAGGCGCUGUCUAGUCUACCGUAAGGAGGACCGCAUCGACGUGCACCAGCUGGCCAGCGACCCCUUCCUAAUGCCCCACAUCCGCAAAUCGGUGGCUUCCUCGGGCUCCUCCGGCACGGCCGUGGCCUCCACGUCCAGCUCCUCCAACAGCAGCGCCUCAAACUGAGCCCCACGCCCCUUAAAUGACUGACCAGCUCAUUGGAUUGGACCGGGGAUGUCUCACCUAGUCCACGGAGAGUCGAAGGGGGAAACCCGGUCAGACGGCGGCGCGGGGUGGUUGAGAAGUCCCGGAGGGGUUGGGAGUGGAAACCUCCCCCCACCCCCCACCCACCCACAUCCCUCUGAUGUCCAGCCACCCCAGCCCACCUGUCCUGCUUUCUCAGAACAAUGCCAUUGUUCUGGGGGGGGGGUCAAAGCCCUGGAUGACUCACGCAGCAAAAGGGACAAGUUUUGGCACCGCGUCCGUGAAGAGUGGGUUUAGUGUUUCAGAUGUUUCUUUUCAGCUUACAAAGAGACCUGCUUCAGCUCGGGCCCAAUGGACAGGACUGCAGAAGGACGUUCACAUGCUCUCACAUAAACACCCGUGCAUGAGCCUCUCUGGGCCAAGGUAGUCAGAACAUCACGAACCCGAACCUUUUCUUUGCCCUAAUAUCUCCCUGAAGCUAAGCUAAGCUAAGCGAGCCAGGCUGGGCUGCUGCUGUUUGAAACCCUUAAUGCCCACGGCACCGUGUCAUCUAACUCUGUUUUUUUUUUUGUUUUUUGUUUUUUUUUUAAACAGCCGUUUUUAGAUUUCAGGCCCACCUAGUUUUUUGGCAGCGUGGGGGGGUGACAGAGUUGUCCAUCUCAUCGGCCCUCUCCUUCAUAUCUAGUCUAACUCUUGUGACCAAAGCUUUUAUCUUCCAGCUGGUGGCAGUGUUCCACCUGUUUUUAUAAUGAAUGGUUUUAGAGAGCGGAGGCUGCUGACGAUUGACCCCCGUUUACAUAAAAAAAAAAGAAAAGAAAAGAAAAGGUCCAUCUGAUUUAUGAAUAAAACAGAUGAUUUAACGUUGCCUUUGAUUAAAAUUGUUACCGUUUUUGGGCAAACCCCCCCCCCCCCCCCCCAGCCUCCGUGCUCCCUCUGUUUCCCCCAUAAGCAUAUUUAUUUAGGGAUGUUUGAAUUUAUUUUUGGCCAAUAAAACGGGAGGGACUGGUUUACCUAAUCGUACGGUUGGAGGAGUUUGGGCCUUAGCAAACAGGUGCAUAAACCAUUAAAUACUAUUGGUUAAACCUU